UUUCAUAAGAGGUUGCGACAAGUCAUGUUUCAUAAACAAAACAGAGAACAACUUUUAACUGUCAGAGAGCUUGUAGAAGAGUCUCGGCGGAUGAGAGCAACUCUGUCUAUAUUUGCUUUGAUGAAGACGUACGUCCUCAGUAUACCUGCGCUGUCCGUAAGUAAACUGAAUAGACUGGUAGCUGUCCAAGGUGGUCGGCAGGUUGACCGGUUAAUUUAAGCUGUCAUGAUGCAAGUUGUUAAGGGGUUGAUGGUUAGCCAAUUAACGUUACGUAGAUCUGCAAGUAGUGUGAUUAUGGUAGAUGUAUGUAAUUGUUUGUUUUGUUCUUGUCUUUGCAGCUCACAUCGUCGACGACACUAUGAAGCGACUGUACUUUAUCGAGCCCGUCGUCGCGAUUUACGCGUUUGCCAGUUUUAUGCUUUAUCCUCUCAUCCAGCAGUAUGUGUAUCGAAGACUGUGGCUCGAGAUCACAAACUCGACCUAUCCAGUGUCCGAAAACACUUCCCAAUGCGCCGCCAACAGCAGCAACCACACCAGCCAACAAGAGGAGGUGCAGAAAGCAGCUUCUCUGUUCUCCAUGUACACUGAUUUAUCCUCCAUGAUCCCCAGCCUCAUCGUGACUCUCCUCCUGGUGUCCUACAGCGAUCAGCGUGGCCGAAAGAUCACCAUUAUCAUGCCACUCAUUGGCAGUCUGAUCUACACACUUUCAUUCCUCAUCGUCUCGUUCUUCGAGCUCAACCUUUACCUCCUCAUUGCCGCCUCAUUUGUAAGUGCCCUCUUUGGUGGCAUCGGCACCAUGCUAGGUGGCUGCUUCUCCUAUGUGGCCGAUUUGUGUGAAGAUGGCAAACAAAAAACCCUUCGGAUGGCCGUGGUCGACAUGAUGAUUGGUAUGCUGGCAGGCGUAGCUUCAAUCUCCACUGGCUACUUCUUGCACGCAGCCGGGUUCAACUGGCCGUUUUUUACCUCCGCCGUAUUUCAGGUCAUUAAUUUACUAUAUGCCUUCUUUAUCCUGGAAGAAACUAGAGUCAUUGAUCGAUCGGAGACCUUGGCUUGUUGUCAGGCCUUGCGGAAUCUGGCAUGCAGUAUCUACAGCUUGUUUGCUGGAGGAAGUAGACGAAGAAAAUGGGUACUUGUGUUGUUGAUUAUUACCUUUUCCACCUUGUCUUUUGUCAAUACUGGAGGUUUGUCCAUAGUCACGCUUUAUGAGCUCAAUGAGCCGCUGUGUUGGUCGGAGAUUCUUGUCGGAUAUGGCUCUGCUGCCAGCACGUCUAUUUUUAUUACUAGUUUUGUUGGUGUGUUUUUGUUUUCCCUCUGUCUGCCUAACAUCGCCAUCGCCUUCAUUGGGAUGCUGUCAGUCGCUGUUAACAUGUUGAUGACCGGCUUCGCCAAGACCACGCUCACAAUGUUCCUCGUGAGAAUUCCUGCUAUGUUUGCCAUCAUGCCGUUCCCUGUCCUGCGUUCAAUGAUGUCAAAGGUCGUCUCAAAGUCUGAACAGGGAGCGCUUUUCGCCUGUGUGGCCUUCACAGAAACGCUGAGCACUAAUGGGUCUGCUGCCAGUUUUAGCAGGAUCUAUGCAGCCACUGUGGCUUGGUGUCCAGGUUUUGUCUUCCUACUGGGUGCUGGACUCUGUCUCAUUCCCAUGAGUUUACUGGGAAUUCUUAAGUGUGUCCAUCCGUUGGAUCCUAAUGACGCUCAAGCACUCUUAUCUGAAGAUGGGACUGAAGCCUCAGAUGACCCACCUGUAGCGUAAAAUCAAAGGGAGUACAAGUACCCUCAUCGUUCAUCUGUGUACUUUCCUCAUACCAACACUGGAUGAUAAACUCAGAACUGAAAACAACUGUGGGUAUUCUGUUCAAGCCAAUUUCAACUAUCUGUAGUAUUUUUUUAGUCACUGAAAUAUGUUUUUGCUGAAGUUUGUGCUAAUUGUGGUUUUAGAGUGAGCUACAACAGAAGGGAAGAAGAACUUUAUACUUCUAAAGAGGAAUUUUGUCAAAUAAAAAUAUAGAAUUAUAUUAUUAAUUUCAGCAAAACAAGAUUUAUAUUUCCUAAUGGAAAUAGCAGUAGUCUGCAAGGCAGCAAGCAAAUUGGGGGAAGUUUUUGAAACUUUUACCUGGAAAUCUCAGAAAUAUGAUUGAACAUUUAUAAACAAAAUAAUUGUAAGUUAAUUUGUAGUUUUAUGAAGAAUUAUAUUUUGUCAUACAGUUUACAUUAGGCAAAUGUGAGGGUUUGAAGAAGAGAUGGUACUAGGCCUGUCACAAUAAUCAAUAUAUUGACUUAUCAUGCAAUACUUGGACAUGACCUUAAUAAUUUUUGUCUUUGCAAUACGUAUUUACAAAUUCACAAAUAAUGUUAAAGCCAUUUUACUAUGGCAUUUACAUUCUACCUUACCGGUGUCAAUGUUUAUAAUUGGGUAUUUACCUAAUAGGACAUUUAAUAGUAUAUAUAAUAGGACACUUUUCUUUUUAACAUCAAAUUAUAGAAUCUUAAUAACCUGAAGAAUGAUAAAAAUAGGGUGACACGGUGGCUCAGUGGUUAGCACUGUCGCCUCACAGCAAGAAGUUUCAUUUCUAUGUGUAGUUUGCAUGUUCUCCUUGUGUUGGUGUGGGUUUCCUUCAGGUGCUCCAGUUUCCCCCACAAUCUAAAGAUGUGCUAUAGGUGAAUUAAAAAAUUAAAAAUUGGCCGUGGUGUAUGUGUGUGAAUGAGUUUCCCAGUGAUGGGUUGCAGCUGGAAGGGAAUCCGCUGUGUAAAACAUUUUCUGGAUAAGUUGGUGGUUCAUUCUGCUGUGGUGACCCCUGAAGAAUAAAGGGACUAAAUUAAUGGAAAUUAAUGAUAAAUACUGUGAGAAUGUGUCACACAACAAAAAUUCCUUAUGACAUGUCUUAGACGGCGCAUUUAUUAAGUUAAAAGAGAGGGAUCAUUGGAAAAUAUAACAUAUUAGCAUAUUUUUGUUGUCAUUGAAAAAAAAUGCCAUCACAACACAAGGCUUUAUGUUACUUCAACUUAUUUUAAUAAGUUAAUUAUGUUUCAACAAUUAAGUUACACAAAGUUACACUAAAAAUAUGUUUAGACUGUUUGACUGAUGCAAGUUGAAAUGACUAGAAAAGAUCAAUUGAUUCAACUAUAAAAUUGAAGGCUGUUAGAUAUAUAUAUUUUUCCUUUAUUGUAAAAUUCUAAGUCCAGGUAAGGAGUAAAUUAAAUGUAUUUAAUUGUAGGUGAAUUUAUUUAUUUAUUUUUUCAAAUUUUGAUUUACGAAGUGCAACCCAAACAGCUUAAUUACGACACAGAAGUGCAAUGCUCCUCUCAGCUUUUUCCCGUUUGAUUUUUUUUUUCAUAAAGUGUCAAGUUUAGCUUUUAGGCUUUGGUUCUGCAUUGUUGUCUCUGAUCAAGAAUCUAUACUUAGUUAAUGGCAUCUAUAAAGCUUCAAAGGUAUUUAAUGAAGACAACCAAUCCCAAUUCAAUAUGCAAAUAGUUUGAAGAAAGAAGGCCAAUCUAUCAUUUAUUCUGCAACAGUAACAGUAAAAUCAUCAGUAAUAGAACCUUUCAUCCACACCAUUGAACCAAAGAAAUGUUGCACUAACUAUUGAAAAAUAAGGACUGAAUGGAUACGUUAUAUUCAACUGAAAUAAUUGGUUGUAUCUCCUGAAUUACUAGGAAUAACUGAUUAAGGAAUAUCAGUAGAUUACUGCCAUAGAAGUACAGUAGGUCUCUAAUUUGGGAUGAUGUGCAAUAUCUUAUUGUUUUCUUCAGUGAUUAGAUUUUUGAAUGUGCAUAUAAGAUUGAUUUUAUGAUGCUUAACGUGUGAUCUUUACAGUAUUUCAUAGUUUUGCAUUUUUUAAAAGUGUGACAGAUUUUCAAUAGUCUCAUGUUUGAACAGGUCUGAGUCAUGAGCAGUUAGUCAAUAAGCUCAGACAAGCAGUACAUGCUGUACAAUUGGGAAAAAAAACAGCUCAGCUUAUCGUUUUCAAACCAAGCUAAGGUUGCAGUUUUGAUGUUUAAUUUUAAAUGGUAUAUUCAGUAAUGAAUAUACUGUCUUUUGGGAAAUAACAAAUGUGUCUUUGUAUUAUUUGAAACAGAAAUUGUGCUUUAUAAUUUAGGUUCUAGGAAUUAAGUUUUGACUAGUUCUAAUUCAACUAGUAAUGUAGCAUCUGCCUUAAAUAAAUAUUGUAAAAGUUGA